AUGCUCCAGACACAGCAUCUUUACUCGCAUCAGCAACAGUACAACCAGCAUGACCAAUCCUCCUGGCAGCACAAUGGUCCGCAGCAGAGUCACCAGACUCUGAGCCACGGGCAGCAACAGGCGCAAGCCCAAGCCGCCGCUGUUGCUGCUGCUGCCGCCGCGGCUCAACAGCAACAUUACUCCCGACUCGCGAUCAAUCCGAACCAUAACUCUUCCCAUGCGCAGAACGCACCCCGGCAGGCUGCGGCCGACAACGCGCAGAAUCCCAUGGGCCCGUCUUUGACCUCGAUGAACGAACAGCCAUCGCCUGGCAUGGAUCAGCAACUGUCGGAAGAGAAUCGCAAGGUCUUACAAUGGGUGGCGGAAUUGAUGGAUCCGAACAGAAGAGAGGGAGCUUUGAUGGAACUCAGUAAAAAGAGGGAACAAGUGCCUGAGCUCGCGCUGGUUCUCUGGCACAGUUUUGGUGUCAUGACCAGUCUGCUCCAAGAGAUUAUCUCGGUCUAUCCAUUGCUGAAUCCAAGUCAGCUCACCGCCGCGGCCAGUAACCGUGUGUGCAACGCCUUGGCCUUGCUCCAAUGUGUGGCGAGCCACAAUGAAACCAGAGGGCUGUUUCUCAAUGCUCACAUUCCACUAUUCCUCUAUCCUUUCUUGAACACCACCUCCAAGUCAAGACCUUUCGAAUACCUGCGGCUCACUUCACUUGGUGUCAUCGGCGCUCUGGUCAAGAAUGAACCCUCAUCUGGUGUGUCCAUGAACCCGACAGGUACCCCCGGAGCACAUGGGAACUCCAACAACUCUUCCCCAACAAUCACGUUCCUGUUGACGACAGAGAUCAUUCCACUUUGCCUGCGUAUCAUGGAGACGGGCAGCGAAUUGUCCAAAACUGUCGCCAUCUUCAUUGUCCAGAAGAUCCUGCUUGAUGACACAGGUCUGGGAUAUAUCUGUGCCACCUACGAGCGAUUCUACGCAGUCGGCACCGUCCUGAGCAACAUGGUCAUCGGCUUGGUCGAAACUCAGACCGUCCGGCUUUUGAAACACGUGGUGAGAUGCUUUUUGAGGCUAAGUGACAACAAUCGAGCCCGCCAAGCACUGCGGCAGUGCCUACCAGAGCCGCUUCGGGAUGCAACCUUUUCCAAUGUCCUCCGGGAUGAUGCUGCCACCAAGCGAUGUCUGGCCCAACUCCUCAUCAACUUGAGCGACACAGUUACCGACACGCAAAAUGAGCAAUUUGAAUAA